AUGUCUGAAGUUCCUAAUCUCAGUAAAUUAGCUGAUGGGAUUCCUUUAGACUCUUUAUCUCAGUCUUUCAUUCUAGACACCUCGGUCCCCCACGCUCCAAAUCGCAGGCCAAAUCUGACUCCUUCCGAGUUCAAGCAAGCUAUUAAAAACGCUUUACGUUAUUUUCCAAAAUCUCUCCAUCAACAACUCGCACAAGAAUUUGCAGAAGAGCUUCGAAUCCGUGGGCAUAUCUGGAUGCCAAAACUUCGUCCUCUUGACUACCCAAUGCAAGCCUAUCCUAUUCACUAUUACCCAGCCAAAAUCCCACAAGCUCGUGCAAUCCAAAUGAUGAUUAUGAAUAACCUUGACCCCAAAGUCGCCCAGUUCCCUCAUGAGCUUAUCACAUAUGGUGGAAAUGGUUCAGUCUUUUCCAACUGGGCUCAAUUCCAUUUAGUCAUGAAAUAUCUCUCCGAAAUGGAAGAAGACCAAACCCUAGUCAUGUAUAGUGGCCAUCCUAUGGGCUUAUUCCCCAGUCAUAAGGAUGCCCCACGUGUCGUGAUCACAAAUGGCCAAGUUGUGUUUAAUUAUUCCUCAAAAGAGCUAUAUGAAAAAUUUUACGCAAUGGGAUUUACUAUGUAUGGACAAAUGACAGCUGGAAGCUACUGCUAUAUCGGCCCACAAGGAAUCGUCCAUGGCACAGCUUUGACUGUAUUAAAUGCUUCAAGACUUUAUUUACAAAGCAACGAUUUGACUGGAAAAGUUUUUGUCACUUCUGGAUUAGGAGGAAUGAGUGGCGCUCAGCCUAAAGCUGGGACGAUUUGUGGGUGUAUUACAGUUGUAGCAGAAGUUGAUGAAACUGCUUUACUUAAAAGAUUAAACCAAGGCUGGAUUAAAGAAAUGACAAGAACAGUUCCUGAGACUAUUGCUAGAAUCAAGGCUGCAAAAGCUAAUAGAGAAGUCACAAGCAUUGCAUUUUUAGGAAAUGUUGUUGACCUAUGGGAAGGCUUAGCAAAUGAAGAAGAAAUGCUUGUGGAGCUUGGCUCUGACCAAACUAGUUUACAUAAUCCUUAUUGUGGAGGAUACUACCCUGCACAAGUUUCUUAUAGCGAAGCCAAAGAAAUGAUCGCUAAUGACCCAGAAAGGUUCAAAGAACUAGUUCAAGAAAGUUUGAGAAGACAAGUGGUUGCGAUCAAUAAGUUAACUGAAAGAGGAAUGAAAUUCUGGGAUUAUGGGAAUUCGUUUUUGUUAGAGGCCAGUAGGGCACAAGCUGAUGUUUGGAAUCCAGCUGAUAAUACAAAAUUUAAAUAUCCAUCAUAUGUUGAAGAUAUCAUGGGGAAUAUUUUUUCUUUAGGAUUUGGCCCGUUUAGAUGGAUCUGUAGCAGCUGUGACCCAAAUGACCUUAGAACUACUGAUACCAUUAUAUACAUAUAAAUGGCGCUUACAGACCAUCCGUCUCUCUGACCCUAUUUCUUCAUCACAGCAGGCAACGGCCCAGUGUGAAGAAAAAAGGGCAGAAAGAGAUCAGUAUGUUGUAUCUCCGGAACAGCCAUUGGAAACCGAAAGAUCAGCAGCGGCCCCAAGUGUAUGAUAUAAUGCCCUCGAACAGUACUCAAGAGGUGACAUUUGUCUAACGAGAGACUGGGAGUUUCGGCCCAGAUGAUUGACCCAAUAGGCUCCAAGAGUCAUGGAAGCCAAGAUCAGUAGUGCGAAUCUCAUGCCUGCAGCCGCUGGAAAAGCUGUCUGCCGGGGUUCAUCGGGGACGAUGAGUAUUUAGGGAUGAAAAUCCCCGAUCCUGUGAGGACCAAGAGCUUAAUUAGCAUUAACUGAUACCAUUGCAGCUGAAGUUAUUACAACUUUAAUGAAUUUGCCUGAUUGCCCAGAAGAAUCUAAGCAGCAAUAUGAAGACAACUUAAAAUGGAUUCAGAGAGCUGAAGAAAAUAAGUUAGUAGUAGGCUCACAAGCCAGAAUUUUAUAUUCAGAUGCUUUGGGAAGAGUUGAAAUUGCACUAAAAUUCAAUCAAGCUAUUAGAGAAGGGAGAAUUUCAGGCCCUGUAGUAUUGUCAAGAGAUCAUCAUGAUGUAUCAGGUGCAGAUUCCCCUUAUAGAGAAACCUCAAAUAUAACUGAUGGGUCGAAGUUUACCGCCGAUAUGGCCGUGCAGACUGUUAUUGGAAAUUCUUUUAGAGGAGCAACUUGGGUUGCUUUACAUAAUGGAGGAGGUGUCGGAUGGGGUGAAGUCAUGAACUGUGGAUUUGGAAUGGUGCUUGAUGGAAGUGAAGAUGCUGACACAAGAGCUAAAUUGAUGCUCAAUUGGGAUGUAGCAAAUGGAUUGGCAAGAAGAUGCUGGAGUGGGCAUCCAUAUGCAAGAAUGACUAUACAAAGACUUAUGGCUGAAGACACAAAACUCAAAGUAACACUUCCCAACAAUGUUGAUGAAAAUUUAGAUAUUCCUUCUUCUUAA